UAAAUUUCCACGAGGCAGGCUGCUCGUUAUUUACUUUUAUUUAUUGGAGCAAAGCAGAAAUGGUAUCGCAGGAACAGAUCAAAGCCAUUGGCGGUGUGCUGAACAAUAAGGAACGCCCGCUUAAGGAGCGGUUCCGUGCACUGUUCACAUUGAAAAACAUCGGCGGCGGGGCAGCAAUUGAGGCAAUCAGCAAAGCAUUUGAUGAUGAUUCCGCGCUGCUAAAACACGAAUUGGCCUACUGUUUGGGACAGAUGCAGGACACUCAGGCCGUGCAAAUACUCAGCAAAGUGCUGCAGGACACCACCCAAGAGCCCAUGGUGCGCCAUGAGGCUGCCGAAGCAUUGGGCGCCAUUGGCCAUCCUGAGGUUUUGCCAAUACUCGAGAAAUACAAGGAGGAUUCAGUUAUUGAAGUUGCCGAGACUUGCGCCAUAGCGCUGGAUCGUGUGCGCUGGCUACAGACCGGUCAACAGGUGGACGAUAAUAAUCCAUACGCAUCUGUGGACCCAUCUCCGCCAACUGCAGGCACAAAGAGCGUGGAUGAGCUAAAGGCCAUAUAUUUGGAUGCCAAACAGAGUCUGUUCGAUCGUUAUCGCGCCAUGUUUAGUUUGCGUAAUCUGCGCACCGAGGCGAGCGUUCUGGCCCUGGCCGAGGGACUCAAGGAUAAGUCGGCGUUGUUCCGGCACGAGGUUGCUUUUGUCCUGGGUCAGCUACAGGAACCAUGCAGCAUACCGUAUCUGCAGGAGAACCUGGAAGAUCGCCUCGAGAACGAAAUGGUGCGUCACGAGUGUGCCGAAGCACUGGGCGCUAUUGCCACCGAGGAGUGCAUACAGAUAUUGAACCGUUAUGCGGAUGAUGAUAAACGUGUUGUCAAGGAGAGCUGCGUCAUUGCCCUGGACAUGUGCGAGUACGAGAACAGCCCAGAGUUUCAGUAUGCCGACGGUCUGACCAAGCUGGAUGGCACUAAGUGAUCCUGGUUAGAGGAAAUUAUUCAUUGUUGUAUAUAAAAUUUGUAAGUUAA